AUCACUCAAGUGUUCGUGAAUACGCAAAAAAAUAAUUCUCCAAAUUGAAUUCCAUCAGUCGACAGUUCACCCUGGGGGGGGGUUGAUGAUUGUUGUCCCCCUGACAUUGUCGGUUUGACUAACAAUUGGGGGAGCAUUUCACUGAGAUAAAUAAUAAAAAAAUAACCGGUGGAGAGGGGGCAAUUUCUAACGUUAAAUUGGCAAAGUCGAUUUUUCUCGCCUUUCCAUCGCACAAUUCCGGUGUUGGCUAUUGUUACUUCGUGUAGGUGAAACAAAUAGGGGGGUGAAGACACUCGAGGUGUCGAGGGGACAGUGCAAGGACCGGAGAAGUCAGUGAUGAUGUCAGAGUCGAUGCACUCUUGGUGAAUUAACCCAAGUGCGAGGAUUAAUAUCGAGGAAGUGAAGGUGAAGGGAGAGACAAGCUUGAGAGAUGGCUAUGCCCCAGGCAGGAGGUAUGGAUCCCUGGGCGAUCCAACCCAGGGAGAAGAUCCACUACAAAGAGCAGUUUGAUGCACUGAAGCCAGUCAAUGGUGUUGUGACUGGAGAACAGGCCAAGGGAUUUUUAUUACGAUCUCAGCUGCCCCCAGCCAUUCUAGGACAGAUCUGGGCCCUGUCAGACACCGAUGCCGAUGGAAAAAUGGAUGUCAACGAGUUUAGCAUCGCCUGCAAAUUGAUUCACCUCAAGUUGAGAGGCCUUGAAGUCCCAAAGGCACUGCCUCCUUCUCUUGUCCAGAGUUUAAAGUCACCAAUUGCAGCUCCUCCAGCAGUUUCAAACGGUGGAUUUCCAGUUCAGCAGCAGAACGUAAGCUCUCUAGUGAAUCUCGGUGGAGCAGUGCCAGCCCAGCCAGUGAUGACAGCCCCAGGGAGGCCAGUAGUUCCCCCAGUGCAGAUGCCCCUCGGGUCGCGACAAUUUAGUGGUGCUAGUGGUACACUUCCAACAAAUAUUCCAGCUAAACCACCCGCUAGACCUGCACCACCCUUCAUGGCAAACGUAAGUACUGGAGUGACACCAGUUCCUGGGCCACCCCAAAGACCCGCCCCACCAGGUAACAUCGGUGCAGGUUUCAACGCAACCACAGGCAUUCUGCCUCCACCAAAGCCAGCACCCCCAUCAUUUCCAAAUAGUCCAGUGGGAGCAGUGCAGCCCCAGGUUCUCCCCAGUGUUGUCCCGAUGUCGCAGCCCCAGGUGCUCCCCAGUGUUGUCCCGAUGUCGCAGCCCCAGGUGCUCCCCAGUGUUGCCCCAAUGGCGCAGCCCCAGAUUCUCCCAGGGAUGCAGCAGAUUCCAAUGGUUCCAAUGCCUGGAGGGGCGCCAAUAGCUCCGCUAAACACAACUCCAGCGCCAAUUCAGGCUUUUGGAAUGGGCCCUCAGAUGAUUCCAACGAUUCCCAGUGUUCCUGUGGUGCCUCUGGUCCCUGGAAUAAUGCCAUCAGUCCCUUCAAAUGGAGUUGCAGCUCUCCAUCAGCCCCCAGUGGCACCAGCAGCUAUGGCAGCUGUCAUGGGGACUCCAGUGUCCACUAAUACUCCUCUCAGCACGACAGCAAGACCCCCCAGUAUCGACAGAGUUGGAUCCAUUGACUCUCAGCACAGCCAGCACAGUCAACACAGUCAACACAGUCAGCAGUCCCUGACCUCACCACCGACAGUCGAGUGGUCAGUUCCUCAUCAGACAAAGCUGAGGUACACUCAGACCUUCAACACCUGCGACAGAACGAGAACUGGAUUUCUCUCUGGACCUCAAGCCAGGAACAUCAUGGUCCAGACACAACUGCCACAGCCCAUUCUCGCGAAAAUUUGGGGGCUCUCUGAUAUGGACUCCGAUGGGAGACUUGGGUGCGAGGAGUUUGUCCUCGCUAUGCAUCUGUGUGAUCUUGCGAAGGCUGGAGAGACCAUUCCAGAUACACUGACCCCAGACCUAGUCCCCCCGACGUUCCGCCGUCAGCGUCAGAGCAGCAUCUCCUCGGGGGGUCUACCCGAGACGAUCGAUCCCUCCGCAGGGAUGCCCCAGUCCUCCUUCGAGGACAAGCGCAAAGAGAACUACGAGAAGGGCCAGGCGGAGCUCGAUCGCAGGCGUAAAUCCCUCCUGGAGCAGCAGCGCAAAGAGCAAGAGGAGCGCGACCGCAAGGAACGUGAGGAAGCCGAGAAACAGGAGAAGAUUCGACUGGAGCAGGAGCGUCGUCGUCAGGCGGAGAUUGAGAAGCAGAUGCUUCGUCAACGUGAAAUAGAGCAGGAGAAGGAGGAGCAGAGGAGACGUGCCCAGGACCAGAAAGAGGCGGCUAAAAAGGAGAUGGAGAGACAACGUCUGCUGGAGUGGGAGACCCAGAAGUCCCAAGAGCUCCAGGCCCAGCGUCAGAAGGAGCAGGACAUUCUCCUGAAACUAAAAGCGAAGAACCAAACGUUGACAAUCGAGCUAGGCACACUUAACGACAAAGUCAAGGAGCUCUCCCAGAAAAUUUGCGACACAAGAGUUGGUGUUUCAGGUGUUAAAACAACGAUUGAUGGAAUGAGAGCCACCAGGGACUCUCAACAGCAGGAGAUGACAGCUCUGAAGAACAAACUCAGAGAGCAAAAUCAGAGAUUACUCUCACUGAGCCAGGAAAAAGCUAGGAUCGAGGCGAAAAAUAAAAUGAAUGCAGCACAGGACUCGGCUGGACAGGAGGCAAUGAGAAUGGCAUUUGCCAAUAAGCAGAUCACCCUCAAACAGAUGAAGGAUAAGAUCGAGGAUCUGGAGAAGCAGAUAUCCGAGAAGAGUAUGGACAUUGAGAAUAAUAACAGUCAACUGGAGGAGAUGAAGGACAAGAUGAAGUCACUGGCCAGUGAUUGCAAGGGGCUUUACAAAAAUUUUGAUGUCAAGAGAUCGCAGAUUUUGGAGCUCAGGGGGGCUGUUACAUCUGGGGGAGUUGAUUAUGCCAGUGCUGCGUGGGGGGAGAGUGCUUGGGGAAAUGAUCCUGUCACAGCUGUCAAUGAAUCCUGGCCUGUUGACAAUAAUGAAACUGAUGUUGUUGAGCCGGGAAUUGUCAAGUAUCGAGCACUCUAUGAAUUUGUUGCAAGGAAUGAUGAGGAGAUAUCGUUCCAGCCUGGUGACAUAAUUCUGGUGCCUCCUGUGCAGAAUAAGGAGCCUGGGUGGAUGGCUGGGGAGAUCAGGGGACACACUGGAUGGUUCCCUGAGUCGUAUGUUGAACCUGUUGAUGCCGGGGAGGAGGGGAGCAAAUUUGUCCAGCAGGACUCGGUGGAGAGGAAGCCUCUGGAGGAGAUUGCUGAGGUGCCUGAGAAUGUCUCGGAGGCUGGAUCACUUGGGGAUACUCAUGUCCAGGCGGAGGUUACGGUCGGUAGGGAGGGAAAUUAUUACGUCGCGUUGUAUCAGUAUUCAUCGACGGAGCCUGAUGAUUUGAGUUUCAAUGAGGGGGAGAUCAUCGAGGUUACGAAGAGCGAGGGCGAGUGGUGGUCUGGCAUCAUUGGAAACAGGAGUGGAUACUUUCCGUCUAAUUAUGUCGAAAAGUGCGAGCCGAAUAUUAAUCAGGUUGCAGCAAUUAAUGCAACUCCUGUUCAAGCAGCCACCACCCCAGCACCAGUGCAAGCCUCUCCGACGACAGAAAAAACAGCUGAGCAGCUCGAGGAUGAGCGUCAAGCUGCUGAGGACAGAGCUGAAUUGCCUGAUUUUACAGCUAUGGCUUCACAACAGUAUUAUAAGGGUCGAGGGAGGAAACCAGAGAUCGUGCAAGUCCUGGCACCCUAUCAGGCAACAAGUGCUGAACAGUUGGAUCUUCAGAGGGGUCAGCUCAUCAUGAUCAGGAAGAAGACGGACUCUGGAUGGUGGGAAGGGGAAUUACAGGCGAGAGGUAAAAAACGACAGAUCGGUUGGUUCCCAGCGUCAUACGUCAAACCUUUAACGAGUAGCAGUAACAGAUCGACACCCGUAUCUCAUGGGUAUCAGGAUUCUCCAACAGAUCCCAAUGUUGAACGAGUGAUGGCCCUGUACCCCCACCAAGCCCAGAACGACGACGAAUUGAGUUUCGAAAAGGGCGAGGUGAUAACAGUCCUGGCGAAGCAGGAAGAGGCCUGGUGGAAGGGUGAACUCAACGGAAUAAUUGGAAUAUUCCCAAGCAACUACGUGACACCCAUGUCUGACGAGCCAUACGAUUUCGUAAUCUCCUCGGCGGAUCCCCUCGAGCUAAAACGUCAGGAUUACAUCAGGGAGUUGAUUGCAACUGAGGAGGCGUACAUAAACGACAUGAGACUGGUCCACGAGGUGUUUGAAAAACCCUUGAUCCAGAGUAUGGUCCUGACAGUGGACGAAGUAGAAAGGAUAUUCGUCAACUGGAGGGACAUAAUCGCUUGCAAUGACAAUUUCCUGAGAACAUUGAGAAUCAGACGAGACAACAGUGAAGACGGAACUGUCCGAAUGAUCGGUGACAUUCUCUGUGAAAAUAUUCCGAGGAUGUCUGCGUACGUUCGGUUCUGCAGCUGUCAGAUAUCGGCGGCUGUUUAUCUUCAGAGACUGACGGAAACGUCUCCUGAAUUCGUGGCAAUUGCUCAGGCAUGCCAGCAGGAUCCGAGGACCAAGGGAAUGCCCCUGAGUUCUUUUCUCAUAAAACCGAUGCAGAGGAUCACCAAGUACCCCUUGAUCAUCAACAAGAUCCUCGAGUACACGCCAUUCGAACAUCCGGACAGGCAGUAUCUCGCGGAGGCUUUGGCCAAGGCUGAGGAAUUCUGCAUUCAGGUGAAUGAGGGAGUGCGGGAGAAGGAGAACAGCGAUAGACUCGAGUGGCUCCAGACGCAUGUCGCCUGCAGCGAAAGUGUUCUUGAGGAGAAACUCAUAUUUAAUUCUUUGACAAACUCCGCGGGACCCAGGAAACUUCUGCAUUACGGGAUUCUUCAUAAGGCAAAAAGUGGUAAGGAACUUGUUGCAUUCCUCACCAACGAUUUUCUCCUAUUUGCUCAACCAUUGAAGGCACUACCAGCUGGACAACAAUUUUCAUUCGAACGAAACGAGAAUAAUAAAUUCAAACUUUACAGAAAGACAAUAUUUUUGAAUGAAUUAACGAUGAUUGGAGAGACUGAAACCAAUGGAAACUCAAAUAUAAUCCAUACGGACGCAAAUGACAACACAUCGAGAACCCUGGGCCUACGAGAUUCCACUAAGAAGCCUAUUCUCCUGCUAGCCCCGUCCACCAACGAGUGCCACUUAUGGGUGAAGAAGAUCAACGAGGCUCGUAAGCAGUUCGCCAGGAACGAGAAGAAUCUUCUGCAACGUCAGCGCUCAAGACAAGCGCAAUUUGGAGCUUGUGGGAGGAUCUUGGCGACAGUGUUGCAGGGCAGCAGCAUCAAAACACCUGCUGGAAAAUGUAAUGCAUUCUGUAAAGUCUCCAUGGGAUCCCAAGAGGAGAGAACUCCAGUCGUCUCUGGGACAGACUGUCCCAUGUGGGACACAUCCAUGCAGUUCCAAAUAAAAGAUCUUAAUGAGGAUACACUUUGCAUAACAGUGUUUGAUAAGAGCUAUUACACUCCAGAUGAUUUUCUCGGACGAGCGGAAAUACGAAUCGUCGACAUAAUGCGCGACUGCAAGGACUCGUGCGGUCCCAUCCAAAAGCGAAUAAAGCUACGAGAAGUUGAUAAUGGCGAAGUUGUCCUGAAACUCGAUCUCCAAUUAUUCGGAAGUUGACAGGAUUCGCCGAAAAAGGGAAUUCUAGAUAUCCUCCUACGGGGCAGUGCAUUUAUCUCCAAGAAAUAAUUGGAAUUCUCAAUCAGUAUAAUCAGUUAAUUUAUUUAUCAAUCGAUUUAUCGUCAGUGAAGGAAAAGAUGAAGUAGCAAAACGAGGAAAAGCUAAAGCUCAAUAUGAAAAAAGUCAAUUCGAACUUCACGAUAAAAUUUUUUUAAGGUAAAUUUUUUCUCGCUUCAUCACUUCACACCAGAACAACCACUGAUUAAUUACAAAGUAAUUCACCUACGAGACUUGAUACAGCGAACAAAGAUAAAAUUACGUCUAAUUAAUAUAUCUAGUCGUGAUACGCACAUGCAUUACUGGCAUAUGUGUACCAAGACAAUGCUAAGCAUGAUAUACACUUGAGUUAUACUUAAAAAUUCGUACAUGUGCGAAUAGUACCGAGAAUACUUUCCACUGAGAACAAAUACAAUAAGUACUAAAAAAUCCAUUAUUCAACGAUUUGAAUACAUGGUACUAUCGCAUACGUACAAAGUUGAACAUUCCAUUGAGUUGAAUAAAUAUACAAUUUUUUAUUUAUAAAAACCGUUGAGUGAUGAAUGAGACAUGAGACAGUGGAGAUCAUAGAGCUGCCUGAGUUGAAGAAUUAUCAGGCAGCGCAGAGUUCAAGAUAUAAUGACAAUGAACUAAUUAAUAAGACG